AUGGAUGGUAGCGGCAUCGAUUACAAUAGUUUGCCUGAGCACGUUCAAGUGCGAUUACGUGAGCUAGAACAUGAAUUUGCUGAGGGUGAUAUAACACGACAAGGAUUCGAAAAGAAAAAGUAUGCUUUAUUGGCGGAAUUCAUGGAACCACCAUUAUCUCAUCGUGUUGCUGCUGCUGGUGGUAGUCUACCUCCAGCACCACCAAAAAUAAAAAGCAGCAUGGAAGGAAACAUCAAUAUCAACAAUAACCAUAACUACGUGCAUCGUAAGAAUGAUGAUAAUUUUAAUAAUAACAUGCAUCUAAUCUCUACUGCUCCGAUAACUGUUGAACAAACGUCGAUGGUAGGAUCACCUGAUCGACAAUUACAACACUUUCAACAACCACAACCAAAGCAACAAUCGCCUUAUAAUGCAUCUGCAAAUCCAUACUCAAAUCAAAAUUCACCCAUAACGCAUCAUAAUCAUUCGCUUCAUACCACCUCUCCAGCACAUUAUCACGCGUCGCCACCAAGAGUUUCACCUGUCGAUCCAAUAGAAAGAGGACCACCCCCUGCUAUUCCACCUCAACAUCCAGGACGUGGUAUGCGUGCUUCACAACAGGCUCACCACCAACAUCAUUCUCUAUCCAUAAAUACCCAAAUUCCACAACAACAAAAUUAUCAUCGACCCCCGCCACCUAAUUCUCCUCAACAACAGCCCGCACCUCCUAUUCAACCAUAUCAUCCCUCUCAACAAUAUUAUGGACCGCCUCCUCCAGUUGUGCCCCGACCAUUUCGCCCCUCUGCGCCAGUUAAUGUUAGACCCCCUCCUCAAAGGCCGCCCCUUCCACCGCCUAAAAAUGAUGUUUAUAGUCCCCGUGGAUCUAUUGAUUACCCAUUGAGAAAUAGAGCAACUGAGCAGGUUAGAAGUCAACUUGCCUACGAGGAAAAUUCUCCAAGAGGUAGUCUGGAAAUCAGGUCAAGCCUUGAUAUUAUGUCAGAUACUGCAAGUAUAAAAAGUUUCCGAUCAAAUACCGAUGUUCGAAGUUCAUACGAAAAUGAAUUAAUUCCUGCUAGAUUUCAAGAAGAUAAUAUAUCAAUUCGAUCAAAUCGAUCAUCUUCGAUUCCAGUGACUAAUGUCGCAUUUAAAUACGGAUUAAUGAAUGGGCAAAAUGAAAAACUUGAAAGAAGCACAAGUCGUGUUUCACAUAAUAAUCGUGCUUCACGAAUGAUUCUUGCUGCUCCACCACAAUCAUCUGAUGCUCCAAAUUUCGAUCCCGAGCUUUCAAACCUUGCUGGAAAACAGUUUAUGCCAUUCGAACCUCGUGAUGUACCUUUUCACAUUGUAGAUCCGUUGAACCCAACUCAAAUGAUGUCCACAUUUCCAAAUAUUGCAUUUGUGUUUCGACACCGUGGAAUUUCCACGCCAAAACGAUUGGCCUUUGUUGUGUUGGAUCCAAAAGGAAAAGAAGUUCAUGCUUGGACAUGGGAAAAAUUACAUUCUCGUGCAGAAAGGGUUGCGCAAAUGAUUUCCAAACAUCGAUCUAUUUCUAGAGGUGAUCGAGUAGCACUUAUUUAUCGAAAAUCUGAAAUCUUAGAUUUUCUUACUGCUUUUUAUGGGUGUUUCUUGGCGGGUGUUGUGGCUGUUCCGAUUAAUGCUGCUGAAGAAUUCACGGAGUUAUGUGAUAUUCUAAAAAACACAAAUUCAAGAUUGGCAUUGACGACUGAACAUGAUCUUAAAGUAUUCACUAGGGAUCUUGCAGCCCAACGUAAAGAACUUCCAACUAACGUUGAAUGGUGGAAAACGAAUGAAAUCAGCGGCUAUCAUCCAAAGAGAAAAGAUGACUAUCCACCAAUUCAGACAACAGAUUUAGCAUAUAUAGAAUACACGAGAGCUCCUAAUCAUGAUUUGAAGGGCGUUAUGGUCAGUCACCGAACAAUCAUGGCACAAUGUGGGGUCAUGCGUGGAUCAAUCACCGAAAAAAAUUUUCAUAUCAAUCUCGAUAAUGCUGAUCCAAAUUCACUUUUUGAACAUCAACAUUCUGAUACACUAUUGACACAUCUAGAUCCUCGACAACAAGUUGGGCUUAUACUAGGUGCCUUGUUUGGAGUAUUUUGCGGAAAUACUACCGUAUAUUUGAGUAGUCUUGGCACGGAUGUACCUGGACUUUGGGUGAAUUGUAUCUCCAAAUAUCGAGUUACGAUAGCUCUAGCGGAUUAUCCCGGAUUACAUCCUGUCGUUCAAUCCUUUAAGCGUGAUCCGAGCGCAACUUUGAAUUAUGCAAAAAAACAAACGGUUGAUUUGUCUUCGUUACGAUUUCUUUUUAUUGACACGCUGGUUAUUGACCCGCAACGUAAUGAUGAUAUCGCGGAAAAUCUUUUAAGACCUCUCGGUGUACGAUUUCCGUAUGAUGCGAUUACACCGAUGAGUAGUCUACCCGAGCAUGGUGGCAUGAUUUUAAGUUUCGGCGAUUUGAUAGGUGUCGAGGGGUUGGACGAUCGGCUGGAAGGUCAAAGACAAGUACAGGAAUUUUUGAUUGAUCGUGAAGCAUUGAAAUAUAAUCAAAUUAUCGUGGUUGCUGUUGAUGAACAAGAGAUUAGGAAAAGAGAUGGGGAAAAAGGUGUAUCACGAGUCGGCGCGUUUGGAUUUGUGAUGCCAGAAGCCACAAUUGCUAUUGUAGACCCAGAAACAACUGCACUUUGUUUACCAAAUACUGUUGGUGAAGUUUGGGUCGACUCUCCUUCAUUGAGUGGAGCAUUCUGGGAACUUCACAAUGAUACAAAAUUAAUAUUCCAUGCGCAACCAUUGGUCGUACCUGAAACAACAGGUGUCCCCGAAUUAUUCGAGCAAGAAUUUUUGAGAACUGGCUUAUUGGGCUGUUUGAUAAAUGGUCAAUUGGUAGUUUUCGGUUUGUAUGAAGAUCGAAUACGGCAAUUGGCUGAAGAACAACCGCCAAAAACAGAAUCUCAAAAAGAGAUUUGGGAGUUUCAUUAUACGACAGAUUUGGAAAAAACCGUGCUUACUCAUAUUGCAGGCGUUGAUGGCUGCGCGGCAUUCCAAAGCUUUGUUAACGAAGAAUUUUUGCCAAUAUUUGUGGCAGAAUCAUCUCUAGAAUCCAACAGACUAGCUGCUUUAGCAGAUCAAAUAAUGAACACUUUACUUGAAUACCAUGGAAUUCGCGUUUAUUGUACGAUGAUAUGUCCAGCAGGGACUUUACCACGCACUUGGCGAAACGGCAAAAAACUAGUAAAUAAUAUGCAUUGUCGAAAAUAUUAUGAUCUUGGAAAACUUAAGCCUGUAUGUGUAAAGACGGCAGUUGAGCGUACAGUAUUCAAUAUUCCAAUGGGAAUUGAUUCAGCUGGCGGUAUAUGGGGACCUGAGGCAUUGAAGGAUAGACAAACAUUAAACAAUAUUGGUUCAGGCUUACGGCGUCCACAAUAUACUGGGAUGGAAGUUCCACAAAAAGUUACAGACGAUCAAACUGGAUUUGACCUUUUGAAAUUUCAAAAUAUUGUGGAAAUUCUUAUAUGGCGUAGUCUAAUAGCGCCUGAAGAUGGUGCAUACACUUGUCUUGAUAUUCGCGGUCGGGAAGGAAAAUCAACCUCAUGGAAAAAACUCAGCAAUAAAAUUGCUACUAUUGCAAAUUACCUGCAAAAGAAAGGCUGUAAACCCGGUCACCACACAAUACUAUUAUUUCCACACGGAUUGGACUAUAUCGUUACACUUUAUGCGUGCUUCGUGGUCGGAGUAACACCAAUCCCUCUCGCACCGCCAGACAUCAAUCGCGCAAAAGAAGACGUACCUGCAUUAUUAGCACUCUGCGAGGACUUUGAAAUCCCAUACAUUUUAAUAAACAACGAUACUGAAGCCCUGCUAAAAGGCCGACAAGUUCAAGCGUAUUUGAAAACUGCUGGCAAGUAUGCGGCCAAAUUACCUCCUUUUAUUAAUAUAACAAAAGCGCCUAAAUUUACAAAAACUCUAAAGGAAGCUAAUUAUGGGGUGCAGAGUCAGUGGAUGGACCCGCAUUAUCCGGCGUUGGUGUUAUGCUAUUUCUCGUCGGAUAUGAGUCGUUCUUGCGUAAAAUUGGGACAUGAUAAUUUGCUGGCGCUUUGUAAAGUACAAAAAGAAACUUGUCGAAUGUCUAAUUCGAGGCCUAUUAUGAGUUGUGAACAGAGUUUUAAUGGAAUUGGAUUUGUGCAGUCUGUGCUACUUGGUGUAUAUAUAGGAGCACCAACGAUCUUAUAUUCACCGGCUGAUUAUCAAGCAAAUCCAUUAGUUUGGUUCGAUAAUCUCAAUCACUUUAAAAUUGAAAAUGCAUAUUCGACUUUCCCAAUGUUACAACACGCAGUAAACUUUUUUGCAAAUGUAGACUUUCAAAAUUUCAAUCUUGUAAAUAUGAAGAACCUAAUGCUUCCAGUUGAAGGACGACCAAAUCCUGAAAAAUUCAAAAGAAUUGUGCGUGCUUUUCUUCCCAAUCGCUUGGAAGAAAUUCAUGUCAGUUACGUAUACAGUCACAUUGCCAACCCGAUGGUGACCACACGAUCCCAUAUGUUUGUGAAGCCAUUUGAAUUGGCGCUCGAUUUGGAUAGCUUAAGACGUGGUCUCAUAAAAAUUAACGAUCCUGGGACCGGAGAAAUUGAAGAAAAUAUGUAUGAAACGAGGAUACAAGAUGUGGGAUUGGUACCAAUAUCAACGCAAGUUGCAAUCGUUCAUCCAGAAACGCGUCGUCCGUGUCUAAGCAAUGAGUUCGGUGAAAUAUGGGUAGCAUCAGACGCGAAUGGCAAAUCACUAUAUGGCUCAACGGAUCCGCUAGACAAAAAACGGUUCGCCGCGACCAUUGAAGGUGGUGACCCACGAAUGCGGUAUAUCCGCACCGGUGAUCUUGGGUUUCUUCACACAUUACAGAAACCAGCUGGUGAUAAUGGCGCGUUGGUCGAGUUUCAGUGUUUGUUCUAUUUGGGACCGAUCGCUGAGACUUUUGAGGUUAAUGGAUUAAUGCAUUUCUAUUGUGAUGUUGAGUAUACAAUUGAACGGUAUUGUAAUGAAAAGUGGCCCGUGAAAUUGGUGUCUGGGCCUAGCUGUGUUAUAUUCCAUACAAAUGGUGAAACUGUUUGUGUAGUUGAAGUGCGAAAAACCGAAGGCAUUUUGAAUCUUGUCCCCGCGAUACUUAAAGUUGUUUUGGAAGUAUAUCAGUUUGUGCUCGAUGUUAUCGUAUUUCUCGCACCAGGCACAUUACCAAGAUCACGCACAGGAGAGAAACAACGACUUCAGAUUUUAGCCAGUUGGGUUAAUAAGACAUUGCCAAUACUUCAUGUACACCAUGUAAAAGAGCCCAUUUAUAAUCGUAAUUCUAAUGUUGGACAAUACACCGGUUCUCCAAACGACCAACAGCCCAUUUCACCAACUACCUCCGUAAUCCCGUUGGUACAAAACACUAACAUCAGAAAUAGCAAUAAUGAUAACACCGUACCCUUCGAUAUUUCUUCUUUAACUUUAAACGACUCAUCAUCUUUACCGCCACUUCUACAUGAUACCACCGUUCCUGUUGCUGAUGCUGUUGCCGGGUACUACGUCAACAAUAAGAAAAAUUCAGUGAUAAAUUUAGCGGAAGUCGAAAAUUCAGGUAUAGCAGCUGCAUCACGGACAUUUAAUUUGCUCGACGACGAGAAUUGGGAACAGGUGGAAAAAGUAGAAUUGGAUGAUCAGCAGCAACCCAAGGUGCUUAGUCAUUUACCGAAAAUGCCGAUAAGUGCAAUAUCUGAGGAACCGCCGCAGUUACCUGUCAUGUCUUUAAGUGUAAAUGAAUAA